CUCGUCCCUGCAGCUCAAACAGGUGUAAAAUGUGGAGUCCCACAGGGCCGGGGGCCGACGGAUCCGUCUGUGAGGGUGGUGGGAGGGAGCGAGGCCACGUACGGAUCACACCCGUGGCUGGUGUCCCUGCGGCUCAGAGGCUCUCACUUCUGUGGCGGCUCCAUCCUGACCGGGCGCUGGAUCCUGACGGCCGCUCACUGCUUCUCGUCCGUCUCCAGGUUCUGGCCUCACUCACCGGCACCUUCACGACCUCCUGUCUGUUCCGACACUAACAAACUGAAUCUGCUCAGAGAGUUCCUCGGAGGCGUGAGCGUGGCCGCGGGAGAGUUUGACCGCAGAGUGGACGAUGAGGAGGAGCAGGUCUUCGGUGUGAAGAGCGUCACCGUGCACGAGAAGUACCAUCAUGCUUUGCCCAUGGGCCACGACAUAGCUCUGGUGGAGCUGGAUCAACACAUCCGGCUCGGAGGCCGUCUUCCUGCGGUUCUGAGAGAGAUCCAAUUGGACUUGGUGGAUCCGGCCAAGUGUAAAUACGUCCUCCAGACUCUCCGAGGGCCGGCCCGACCUCAGUCCGCCAUGACGGUUCUGUGUGCGGGGGCGGAGCGAGGAGGGAGAGACGCCUGUCAGGGCGACUCCGGGGGACCUCUGGUAUGUCCUGCAGGGUCAGGCGGAGGUCACAGGGUGGCGCUGGGUGUAACCUCCUGGGGUAAAGGAUGUGGUCGGAGCUGGGGCAACAACAGCAUCCGCCCUCCUUCCAGAAGAGGCUCUCCUGGGGUUUUCACUGACGUCAGGCUGCUGCUGCCCUGGAUCAAACGUGAACUACGACAGG